AUGUGGAAGAGAACUGACCAUUCACCAAAGAUCAAAGCAGCAGACAGAUCUCAAGCAGGCCAUUUCAAGACGGUGGGUUCAGCUCAGGAAUCAGCUGAAACACAUUCUCUGCAUCUGCAAGACUCCCAGAGCUUCCUGGUGUUUGAAGACUUUUGCCGUUACAUCAAAGAGGUGGGAGUCCAGCUGGUGAAGAAAGUCAAUGCCAUCUUUCAACUGGACAUCACCAAGGAUGGGAAGACUAUCCAGCAGUGGACUGUUGAUUUGAAGAAUGGUCCUGGAGACGUGUACCCAGGAUCAGCCAGGCUCCCUGCAGACACUGUCUUCACGAUUCCAGAGGCCAUCUUUAUGGAGUUGGUUUUGGGCAAAAUGAAUCCACAGAAGGCUUUCCUUGCUGGCAAAUUCAAAGUGAGUGGCAAAGUUCUACUUGGUCAGAAGUUGGAGAGAGUUUUUAAAGAUUGGGCUAAAACCACCAAAAGACUUCUCCCCAACUAUAAUUACAAGUGA